CAAGUCCCUUUAAAACAGCUUUGAUCAAUCCUAAAAUAAUAGGCGCCCCAUUGCGUGCAGAAGUCUACCGUCUUUAUCAUAUUAUGUCACAGAAUAUAAACGGAGGAGCUACGCGUAUCGGAUAAUGUCUCCAAUAAAUGCAAAAUAAUAAUAAUCAAGCUAACAAGAGUGGCCAAUGAGGUAGUAAGAGCCACGAAGUCCCAGGAGGCAGAGGAGUAACAGCAAUGGCUCUUUCAAUGCCAGUGAAGCCCAGGAGCUUGGCCUCACCCCUCUCCCCACAUCCUUCUCUUUACAAAUUCAAUGCAUUUUCACUUGCUCUCAUUAAUCCCUGCAAAGUCUUGUCCUUUAGUUCCACACCCACUUCCCAUAAACAUCCUACCAUGGUCAGGAAAUAUGGAAGACAAGGCUCAUCUACAAGUCGAAAGUUGCAGAUUAUUUGCCAGAAGAGAGCUCGUGGCAGAUCCAAAGAUGACACAAACACUUCAGAUGUAGAUGGUGGCAAAGGAGACGUUGGUAGGUCCCAACAAACAACAUACAAAUCUCUUUCACUUGGAUUACAAAAGCCGGAGAAGAAGAACCUCUCCUAUGACUUGAAAGAUGGACAGGUUAUUGAUGCGGAUGGUCUACAGGCUGCUUCUUUUCUUCAUGCAGUUGUAAAGGUUUACUGCACUCAUUCUGAACAUGACUAUUCUCUUCCUUGGCAAAAGCAAAGGCAGUAUACAAGCACUGGCAGUGCUUUCAUGAUAGGAGGACGGAAACUGCUGACAAAUGCGCAUUGCGUUGAGCAUCAUACACAAGUCAAAGUGAAGAGGAGAGGAGAUGACACAAAAUUUGUAGCUACGGUAUUGGCCAAAGGUGUAGAGUGUGACAUAGCUCUACUUUCAGUCGAGAGUGAAGAGUUUUGGCAGGGGACUGAGCCACUUUGUUUUGGACGUCUUCCAUGUCUCCAGGAUGCAGUAACUGUUGUAGGUUAUCCACUUGGAGGAGAUACCAUUUCAGUUACUAAGGGUGUAGUUUCACGUAUUGAGGUGACAUCAUAUGCACAUGGAGCUGCGGAUCUAUUGGGUAUCCAAAUUGAUGCUGCAAUAAAUUCUGGAAACAGUGGUGGUCCUGCUUUUAAUGAAAAUGGAGAGUGCAUUGGUGUUGCAUUUCAGGUGUACAGGUCAGAUGAUGCUGAGAAUAUUGGCUAUGUGAUUCCCACAACCGUUGUUUCACAUUUUCUAAAUGACUAUGAAAAAAACGGAAAGUACACAGGGUUUCCUUGUCUGGGUGUACUACUUCAGAAAUUGGAGAAUCCAGCACUUAGAGAAUGUUUAAACGUACCUUCAAAUGAGGGCGUAUUGAUACGGGCAGUUGAACCAACAUCACCUGCAAAUCAAGUCUUGAAAGCGGGAGAUGUUAUUGUAAGCUUUGAUGGUGUAGCUGUGGCAAAUGAAGGAACUGUACCUUUUCGAUUCUCAGAGCGUAUUGCAUUUGGAUAUCUCAUCAGUGAAAAAUAUACAGGUGACACGGCAGAGAUUGGUAUUAUUCGAGAAGGAAAGAAAAUGAAUGUUAUUACAACUUUGAAGCCUCGUGUACAUCUUGUGCCAUAUCACAUCGAAGGAGUACAACCUUCAUAUCUCAUUGUUGCAGGACUAGUGUUUACACCUCUUUCCGAACCAUUAAUUGACGAUGAAUGUGAGGAAUCUAUGGGGUUAAGACUAUUAGCUAAGGCUCGAUACUCUCUGCCACAAUUUGAAGGGGAGCAAAUAGUCAUUUUAUCACAGAUUUUGGCCAGUGAAGUUAAUAUUGGAUAUGAAAACAUGAGCAAUCAACAGGUUUUGAAGUGCAACGGGAUCAGAGUAAAAAAUAUAAGGCAUCUUGCUCAUCUUGUGGAUUCAUGCAAAAAUAAAUACUUAAUUUUUGAGUUUGAGGAUAAGUUGCUUGUAGUUUUGGAAAGGCAAGCAGCCUCUCUAAAAACGCCGCAGAUAUUGAAAGACUAUGGUAUUGCAUGUGAAAGAUCCCCUGAUUUAACAGAGCCUUAUGUACUUUCAGAAGAGCAAACUCCUGUAGAAAAUGAAGAUUUGGGUUGUAGCCCUAUAUUAAAUUCACAAAUUGAUUUCAGUGGCAUGCUCUGGGCAUGAGCUGUAUAUUUAUAUGUAAAAUACUGCAGUUUAUUCAUGUCAGGUUGUUGUAAUCUUAUCAGUUAGCAUUCAUGAAAGUCAGAAGUGGAUGGAUUACCUUGAGCAGAUAAUCAUGGUUUCAACAAUUCAAAGUAAUUGUCUUAUUUAAAUGUAUGCAGAAAUGUUCACAUUAGAGAGCUUUCUGCAGAAAUUUUUUCCAUUUUCACAACAUAAAGAUGGAGAGAAGAGGCUUGUGGUGAAAUUCUGAGAAUGGAACAUUCUUUGGAUAAAGGGUACAAAUAAGUCUAUAAAGUUCAUCCAACGUGAUGAGAUCAGAAUUCACCCUUCCCCUCUUUUACCAGGUUUGCUAAGAGGAUGUCACUGAAUUUGUUUUCUUACGGGAUUAAAUUUGGGGUACAACCAGGAAACAUUUUAUACUCUCUACAAUAUUCAAAGAAUCCUGUAUGUAAAAAGAGCCAUUGGAUUGUCAUUCACUUUCUUUGUGUUUUGCAGCGAGAUACCCUUAACCUCUAAGUAGAGAAUUGAUGGGGAAAUAUUCAUUAGGCAUCUUCAUCAAGGAGAUGCUUUCUUUGACUUGAUUUGAAAGAAAAAUACUUUUCCCUGAAAUGUUUGUAAUUUUUCACAGCAACACCUCAAGUAUCUCUAUAAUUCAAUGAAAAAAUUCAAAUUAUCAUGAA